CUGAGACAAAACUGAAAGCAAGUUUCACGUGAAGACGCCUGAAGAGAAGCAGAGACGAUUACAGACGUUUUGGAUCUCAGACGACUGCAGACAUACAGAGCAGAAUCUCCAGAGCUCAGCUAUGUGUCUAUGAAGAGCAAUGACUCAGUGAUUCACCCUCCUGUUCUCAGUAAUGAAGGGUCUAGUACUGACCUGAGCCUGCAGACAUUAAAUGCAGAACCUCCAGAGCCCAGCUGUGUGUCUAUGAAGAGCAAUGACUCAGUGACUCAGCCACCUGGUUUCAGUAAUGAAAGUACCAGUACUGACCUGAGUUGUGUCAAGGAUGUGUCGCUCCAGUCUCAGUCCAAAUGUGGAGUGUGUGAGCAGAUUCAGACAGAUCCAGUCUCUAUCAACUGUGGACACACUUUCUGUAGACAGUGCAUCAACAGCUACUGGAGCCAUUCUGCUGAGUCAGGAGACUUCCCCUGUCCACGCUGCAGAAAGAGGUUUAAGACACGUCCUGUUACACAUCCAUGUUCCAAUACAGAGGAGUCCAUGAAGCCGAAUUACUGCCAUCCAGUGGGUGAAGUUCUGCACAGAGAUCUAGAGAGACACAAAACCAGCAUGAAGAACAGAUAUAAGAGCUUAUUUGAGGGAUUCAAAACACAAGAGAAUAAAACCCUCCUGAACAGGAUUUACACUCAGCUCUACAUCAUAGAGGGAGAGAGUGAAGGAGUGAAUGAAGAACAUGAAGUUUUACAGAUUGAAAAAAAACUCUGGAACCAACACUGUCAAGAUACACCAAUUAACUGUUUAGAUAUCUUUAAACCUGCACAGUGCCCUGUAGGAGAAAUGGAAGAAGAGAGCACCAGAACUGUGAUGGCUGAAGAUGUCAGAUAUGAUGAAAGAGAAGAAGAUAAAGGUCCACAAGUGCAAAAACUCAGAACUGUACUGACUAAAGGCAUUGUUGGCAUUGGAAAAACAGUCUCUGUGCAGAAGUUCAUUCUGGACUGGGCUGAAGAAAAAGCCAAUCAGGAUGUAGAUUUGAUGUUUGUGCUUCCAUUCCGAGAGCUGAACCUGAUUAAAGAUCACCAGUACAGUCUUCUUAGACUUCUGUGUGACUUCCAUCCUGAGCUCACAGACCUGGACACAAAGAUAUAUGAUGAGUGUAAUAUAGUGAUUAUAUUUGAUGGCCUGGAUGAAAACAGAAUUCCUCUGAACUUCUUACAGUCUGAGAACAUGUCAGACAUAACCAAGGUAUCAUCACUGGGUGUGCUGAUGACCAACCUCAUCAAAGGAGAGCUGCUUCCUUCUGCUCACAUCUGGAUAACCUCUCGACCUGCGGCAGCCAAUCAGAUCCCCUCUAAGUACAUCAACCGUGUGACAGAAAUUCAGGGAUUCAGUGAUCCCCAGAAGGAGGAGUACUUCAGAAAGAGAAUCAGUGACCAAGACCAAGCCAACUUCAUCAUCUCACACAUUAAGAGAACAAGGAGCCUCCACAUCAUGUGCCACAUUCCAGUCUUCUGUUGGAUCUCAGCCACUGUGCUUCAGCACAUAAUGAAACAAGGUAUUACAGAAAUCCCUAAAACUCUGACUGCGAUGUACACACACUUCCUGAACACUCAGACAAUCAUGAGGAAUGAGAAGUAUGAGGAAAAUUGUGAGAUAAAUCCAAAGGAUCUCUUGGGAUCCAACAGAGAGUUGCUUCUGAAACUGGCUGAACUGGCUUUCAAACAGCUGAUGAAGGUCAAUGUGAUGUUCUAUGAAGAAGAUCUGAGAGAGUGCAGCAUUGAUGAGUUUCUGGCUGCUCUCUCUGUGUUUCACUGCUAUGUUAGCCAGAAGAUAGAGGAACUGCAGUUUUUAAAGCCAUGGAACACAAAGUGGUCUGACAGAGUUUCUUUGGAAGAGGUGGUAAGAGGAGCUGUGCGUAAAGCCUUAAAGACUGAGAAUGGAAACCUCGAUCUAUUCCUCCGUUUUCUGCUGGGUAUUUCACUAGAGUCCAAUCAACAGCUCUUAAAAGACCUUCUCACUCAAACAGUGAGCAGCUCAGAGACCAUCAGGAAAACAGUUAAAUACAUCAAACGCAUAAUACAAACAGAGGACCUUCCUUCUGACCGAUCUAUUAACUUGUUCCUCUGUCUCACUGAAAUGAAUGACCAGUCUUUAUCCAAAAAUAUUCAGAACCAUCUAAAAUCAGAGGAUUCCUCAAAAAAGAAAUUCUCUUCUGGAGAGUGUUUGGCUCUAGCUUACAUGCUUGUGACUUCAGAGGAGGUCCUGGAUGAGCUCAACCUCAAGAAUUACAGCACAACUCAGAAGGGUUAUUGGAGGUUGAUCCCAGCUGUGAGUAACUGCAGAAAGGCUAUACUAGCUGGCUGUAAACUCACCAUGAACUUCUGUGAAACUCUCUGCUCUGCGCUGAAAUCAACAAACUCACCCCUGAAAGUACUGGACCUCAGUAACACUGGCCUGCAGGACUCAGAAGGGAAGCUGCUCACUGCUGGAUUGAAGAGUUCAAACUGUGUACUGGAGAUUCUCAGUGCUCAAUAUUGA